AUGGACCGCUCUGCUCAAAGAUCGAGGGACUCUCCGAUAAUAUUUUGAUGCAGUAAAGAAUGAAAAGAUUUGCUCCAGAGGAUUUUUUUGUAUCUGUAUUUAUUCUAUUUGUGUAUAUGCUCUUGAAUACUUUAAUGACUUUGGUGUUCUCUUUGGGAGAAAUCAAGCUGACGACCACCAUGCAUUGUGUUUUCCCCUCCCGUUGGACUGUGGUUUUCUUGGACAUGCUAAACUGAGUUAAUAGUCCUGGAUGCUUGAAUGAUUUUUUUUUUUGCAUUUGAUCACUGAAUCAAUUUCCUAAACUUUAGAUGAAUUGAACACUUUCAGUAUGAUUAAUGCAAUCAGAAAGUGUUUCAUAAUGCUCAUCGAAUGCUUGAUCUUAUGGUUGAAACGAGGAAUUAAAAGGCUGUUGGGUAAUAAUUCAGUUGUAAACAACUGGAUAGCAUCCACCCGAAUCCCUCCUAGAAGAUUAUAUCAAGCAGACUCAGAGUGGGAAACCAAUGAGACCCUCCGCACAUAUCACCUAGGAGACAAAAAUGGAGCCAAGGUUACAAUCCAAACUAGCACACAUGCCUUUCACGUGGACCUCGGAAAGCUUUCAGAGUGCAGCGAGUACUUCAGAGCUUUGUCCCAGUCCAGCAUGAGAGAAACCUCAGAGAGCCACAUUCAUCUGGAUCACGUGUCCUCCUCCAUUUUCCACAAUCUCCUUGAGUUCUGCUUCUAUCAUGAUUUUAAUGUUCCCCAAGACGAACUGGGAGUACACAUUCAGGUGGGCAGCUAUCUUCUGGCUGAAGCCUUCGUCUCGAGGUGCCUGUUAGCCCUGGCACAUGAACUCAGUCCAUCCAACUGCUUAUCAUACUUGAGCCUUGCUCAGGAAAUUUUCUGUCUAGAGUUGAAAAACACAGUGUUCACUUAUUUGAGCCGGAACCUUCUGGAGCUGCAACAUGUGAUAAGGUGUCUGCGCGAUGAGGAGAGGGAGGAAGUCAUCAACCUGAGAGCAAAAGGAGAACUGUGCCUGUGCAGCCUCAGGAAAGAAAACCUGACUUCCUGGAACGACCCGGAGACAGAACGUGCCCGGAACAUUUUCACCAUGAAAUUUUCAGGGGACAGUGAGGACUGGCACUCAGUCACAGAGCUUCCUUUCAGGGCUGAUAAGUGGUGUUUUACUGUAGUAGUACUGUAUAACUACCUGUAUGUCAUAGGAGGCUACAGGCAGCGGAAGAAGAGAGGCUGGGAGUUCACUAUGGCUUCCUUUAGGUAUAAUCCCUUUAACAAUUCAUGGGGGGCUACAUCACCUCUGAUAAAGCACAGAAGGCACUUCAGUGCAGUGGCCUGUGAAGGCUUUAUUUACGCGUUUGGAGGCUGGUAUUUGGAUUCUUUGGUGACUCCAGACUCCAGUACAGCUCUGUACACAGCAGUGGAGCGAUACGAUCCAUGGGAGGAUACAUGGAGGUUUGUAUCCCCAUUACCACUCACUGACUUCCAGUUCACCUUGUCGUUAUCCCAUGAUGUCCCCCUCACUACCAGCCUUGGAGAGUGUAUCUAUGUGCUGGGGAGCAUCCAGAGGACAGGAGAGAAAUUGCUGUUGCAGUACAACACAAAGCAAGACUCAUGGUCUGAACUUCUUCCCACCUUAACAAGAGCUGAUGUAGACCUUCCUACUCUGUACUUCCUGGGCGCUGCUGACGAGCUGCUUGUGAUUGGUGGGAACAACUCAAGCAAUGUGGUGACAUCAUUCCAUGUAAAAUCAAAAACAUGGGGGAAGAUGCACCGCACAGAAAGAGUGUCAUACGCUGGACAGGGGACACUUGUAGGUGACCAGCUUCUGAUGUCCAGUAUUGACCACAACACUGUUGUGAGGCUGGAUCUCUCAACCCUAACCAUCAGGAAGCUCCCAGCUUUACUUGUCCCCAUGCGUUAUGAGGCUAUCUUUUACCUUUACUUUUAAUGUUAUAGCUCACUGGUUUACCUAAUAUAUACCUUUUGUUUAUGGAGGAAUGAGAAAAGUUAUUUUAAAUUAUUUAAAUAUUUUACUUUAUUUUUUUUUAUUUCAAAAUCACCGUGGCACUCAAUGUUUCUUGGUGAUUUUUAAAGGUUUUUGUAGUAUUAGUGGCCUUUAUUUGCGAUUUAUAGGCAGAAAAUUAGCAGAAAGGAGGGGAGAGAUACAACAAAGGUCCCAGAACUCAAAAUCCUGGCCAGCUGUGCUAAGGAAUAAUAUUCUCAGAAUAUCAGUCUGAGGAUGUUAUCCACCUGAUCUUAUAAUACUGAUACCAUUAUCCCCUUGGUGCUUUCUUAUCUUUGUAAAAUAUUUAGUUGUUUUCUUUAGGAUUUGUUGGGAUCUGUUCUCUUUUCUGAUGAAACAGAAAUUAUACAUGUGUUUUUUUCAGAAUGCAGUUUGCAAUACUAAGGUAACUGUACACUAUUUCUAAAGCAUCUCCACUCAGUAACAUGAUAAAGUUUUGGUGAACUGUCCAUUAAAGGUAACUAGUACCCAGUUGCUUGCUUUCUGACAUAUUAAGAUCAA